CCCUUUAAUCCCUUGCAACGACCGCCUCCCCCACUUCUUCUCUCCGUCGCUAGAUCUCCAACCCCCCUUCGCCGGUCGGAGAGUCGCCCCGUCGCUCCUAAUCCCCAGUCCCCGCCUCUCGUCUUCUCCCCACCGCAUAUCUCCUCCUCGUUCCGGGGUUCCGUCGUCCUCGCCCCUCGAUCAGCGAGGAAGUUGAGUGAAAUCGAAGAAAAGGGAUUUUGAGCGGCUUAUUUUUUUUUUGUUUCCCAGGAAAUUCCGUUACUAGAUCUCCAAUUUCUAAUUCGUUGUUCCGAAUUAGAUGAAAAGAUCCGAUUUUUAGCCCUCCCGGUUCCCAAAGAUUGGAUUUUUAUUUCGAUUUGGGUCUAGAGGUUCUGGUUCUUCGUCUUCUCGAGGUCUUUGUUUUAAGAUCAUGGCGGCGACGGCGUCGUACUGGUGCUACAGGUGCAGCCGCUUCGUGUGGGUUUUGCCAGAGGACGCUGUCGUCUGUCCUCAUUGCGAGGGGGGGUUCCUCGAGGAGGUGGAUACCCCUCCCCGCCUCGCUGCCACGGGGGAGACCCGUCGCCGGCGGUUCCCUGCCCAUCCCCCUGCCCCUGAUCGCCAGGCCGACGCGCGGAUGCGCCGCAACCGCCGGGCCUCCGCCGUUGACUCCCCUUUCAACCCCGUCAUCGUCCUCCGUGGCCCGUCCGACGGUGGCGGCGGCGGUUCCGGUUCAGAUCGCGCGGCCUCCGGCAACUUCGAGUUCUACUACGACGACGGGGACGGCACCGGUCUCCGUCCCCUGCCUUCCAGCAUGUCAGAGUUCCUGAUGGGAUCGGGAUUCGACCGCAUCCUGGACCAGCUCGCCCAGAUCGAGAUGCAUGGGGUCGGAGGUGGGCAGGGGUACGACCACCCGCCGGCGUCGAAGUCCGCCAUCGAGUCGAUGCCCACCAUCGAGAUCGCUGCCAGUCAUGUCAGCACCGAGUCCCACUGUGCUGUCUGCAAGGAGCCGUUCGAGCUGGGUGCCGAGGCCCGGGAGAUGCCCUGUAAGCACAUCUACCAUCAAGAUUGCAUCUUGCCGUGGCUCUCCCUCCGGAACUCGUGCCCCGUGUGCCGCCAAGAGCUGCCCUCGGAUGUUCCCAGAUCCCCGGAGUUGGAUGGCAAUGAUGAUAUGAUCGGGCUCACAAUUUGGAGGCUUCCAGGUGGUGGGUUUGCAGUUGGGAGGUUCACCAGUACAAGGCGAACCGGGGAUCGAGAGGUUCCUGCCAUCUACACGGAGAUGGAUGGUGGAGCCAAUGCUGGGGGUGCGCCGAGAAGGAUUUCCUGGUCCUCUCGGGGGACUCGGUCGCCGGAGAGCGGAGGAAUUCGCCGAGCAAUUCAAAAUAUCUUCUCAGUUUUUAGGUGUAUACGGCCUUCCUCUCCUAGAUCGAAUUCAGAGUCUGGGUCAUCGUCUUCCCGGAGAAGCCGGAGUGGCCCUCUUACAGUGAAUUCACGGGGGCGCCUCGGUUGGGCAUCGGAAGAUAGAAAUGAGAAUGCAAUAGCAAGGUGGUAAUGGAGACAGGAAAAAAAGAGAAUUUGUGAAAAGCUGAAGCUCAGUUAUGUUCUACUUCCACUGUAAAUACAAAAGCAAUGGAAGCAAUUCCUGCACUGCUUGGUUCCAAUCGAAGCUGUUCCUUGUGGAAGACAAAGGAAGAACCGAAGAAGUUGUCUGAGAUGCCGCCUGCGUUGGAAAUUAUGAAGGUUAAGCCUUCAUGCACCAUGCUUAUUGCAAAUGUUAUGAGUCAGAGAUUCAUUAUUGCUACUAUUUUUUUAAGUUGUGUGCUAAAGUUGCCCCCCUUUUUUCAAGCUUAUGUUGUCAUAUGAUCCAUCUUUUAGUGUAUCCAACCUUUGGAUUAUCUGCUCUCCUCAUUAUACAUGGAGCAUCGAGAUCUAUUGUCACUCAAGUGUUGGGCAUUAUCUCGAGGUUCUCCUUUUGAAUUAUGUUUAGCUUGUUAUAAUUUCGGUUUAACUGGGUUGCAUGAACUGCCAUGAUUGUUUAACAAAUACUCGAUGGUCUGUACUCUAUUGGAUCGGGGAGUUUGCAUCUAGCUAACCUCAACUGUGAUUGGAUUUUGUUAUCUGAUAAUAGUUCCUCAUUGCUAUCUACAAGUUCAAGACUUGCUGCACUUUUGGGUUGAUUAAGUUAACUGUUAUGUAAAUAUUUGUGGUGUUAUUGUUAAUUGGCAUCGAAAUCCAUCUAGUGCAGUGAGAAAAUACAUUGGUCUUCUUUAUGCAUCAUGUGGUGGUGUACUUCUGCUGUUCCUUUAAUUACAGUGCUAAUUGGCAAUGGUGAGUUGUUCUCGCUUUCGCAUUAAUCUAUGCAGACUUUCUUUGGUGCAUGUUCCUGCGAUAGCAAUUUCGCCCUAGAUGCUCAUAGUUUGUGCAAAUUUCUUGUUAUGUAGAUGAAAGUAGCUCCGCAUUUAUUUCCAUUAUAUAGAGAGGAAAAUGUAGCAUGUGGUGCGAUCAAAUCAGUACUUUGAUUAUUGGAAUAGAUAUCCUUGUGUUGGAUGCAGUUCUAAGUGCUUAAUUAUUCUUAUUUGGAUGGACCAUCAUUGUUUAACUCUUCUGUCCGCUGAGAUUUGAUUCCAAAAUUCUGUUUCUAAAUCAAAGAAUCUUGACCCUGUAAGCCAUUGUUGACCUUUUGCUUAUUCAUCUGUCCUGCUUUUGUAGGUUUUCUAAAUUUCCUUCCCCAGUUGCGGCAAUGUUGAAAUGCUAUCCUUUCUCCUGGUUAUUCUGUAGUAGCUGACCGGUUCUCUAAUAUUUGAAAAACCAUGCUAAAAAAUAUACCAAUGGUUGGUUUCAGUUCAGUUUUCUUCAGAUAUGGUUGCGUAGUUACAACCCUGAGAAACUCUUUGGCUGCUGCUAUGGUGGUAUAUAACUGCUGUUAUAGGGUAGCUGGCGUCCGUUCCUAAUUUCUGUAAGAGGUGUUCUUGUUAUUUUCUUGCAGGGUGGAUGUACUUGGUCUUAAAUUA